UUCCCCUCUCUUUUGACCACUAACUAUUGUUGAUGUGCUUGUUUAUGAGGAAAAAGGCAAAAAGGAAAACGGAGCGGACGCUCCUUGUAAAAGAGGAGCGGGCGCUCCUGAACGUCCCUGUACAUGACAAAGCAAACCAGAAAGUUGGAGCUAGGAGGGAGCCACCAAGGAGCUGGAGCUCCUAGCAUGAGGAGCAAAGGAGCGGGAGCUCUCAAGGAAACAGGAGCGGGCGCUCCUUUAUGCGUUGAGGAUGGCAAAGGAGGGCAGAAACUUUGGAGCUACCAUUGAGCAAGCGCUCCUUGGAGCACAUUAUACAAGGAGCGGGCGCUCCUUUAUAUUUAGGAGCGGGCGCUCCUCACCUGCUGGGCAGCCACUUUUGUUGGCAGAAACUUUGGAGCGACCCAGGAGCUACCAAAGAGCUCCCGCUCCAUCGCCUCAUUUUGUUAGGAGCGAGCGCUCCUGUUUUACAAGGAGCGGGCGCUCCUUGUUAAUUUCGCGAUAUGUUUAUGUUAAACGCUGAUUUUAGCCUCGUUUUUGUGGGGAUAUAAAUACCUUUUUCACUUAAUGACGAAUUAACUUUAAUUCCAGUAAAUCAUUUUUAGAGAGUUCUUAGCUUAAUCUAGUGAGAGAAAGUAAGGUUCUAGAGAGAGAAAGUAGAUUUCCAUGGUUUUGUAGCUUGGAUUAUGACAAAAAUUAUGGUUUUUAUGCAAGAUCUUCAUUUCUUCUUCAUGGUUUAACUUUGUAUGCCAAGUGGACGUGCCUUUCCUUUGACUCCAUAUAAUCCAGAGUUGGAGAGGACAGUCAAGGCCAUACGACGAGGGCUUAGAGCCGCACGACGAACCCAACAAGCAUCAUCUUCCACUUCGGUCAAUAUUGAGGACUUUGUACACAAAGAAGAAGUUACCACUCCAAGAUCUUCUCAAGGAAGUUCUCCUCACUCUUCUAGAUCAUCAAGUCCUACUACUAGUGAUCGCUCAAUGGCGGAUCCUCCUAGAGACUUGAGAAGCUAUGGUGUUCCGGGUCCUUUUGAGUCAAGAAGCGCCAUAACUCAACCCACUACCCAAGCCAAUGACUUUGAGCUUCGCCCCGCUUUGAUUGGCUUGAUAGAAAUGAAUCAAUUUAGUGGAGCAAAGGAUGAAGAUCCACAAGCUCAUUUGCAAACAUUCACGGACUAUUGUUCUACGGUCAAACACAAUGGUGUCUCUCAAGACUACAUUCGCCUAAGUCUCUUCAAAUUUUCCUUAGCCGGCAAAGCAAAGCAAUGGUUGAAGAAACUUGAGAAUGACUCUUUGGUUACAUGGGCUCAAGUCACUCAAGCUUUCAUUGGCAAAUACUUUCCUCCGGAUAAGAUCGCCGAUAUGCGCUCUCAAAUUAUGACAUUCAAGCAAGAGAGUGAUGAAACAUUACAAGAAGCUUGGGAGAGGUUCAAAGAGUUAUUGAGGAUAUGCCCUCAUCAUGGUUUGAAUGAAGGUCUUACACUCCAUUGUUUCUACCAUGGUCUCACAAAAGCCUCUUAAACAAGUCUUGAUGCGGGUGCCGGUGGUCCAAUCAUGAAGAAGCCUCUAGCGGGUAUAUCCGAUAUUAUUGAUGAUGUGGUGCAAAAUGAUUCGGAUUGGGGACAUGAUCGCAAUGAACGAAGAGGUGGGAGGUACGAUGUGGAGCCCAUCAAUAUGCUCUCUACCAAGCUUGAUGCCUUGGUCACCCAAUUACAAAGGUCAAAUAUGCUUUCCUCUUCCUCUUCUACAUCUCAUCCCCCUCCCAAAUCUCCUAAUGCACCCAUGCAUGCUCAUAAUGUCUCACAUGUCAAUUCUAUGCCGAUGGAUAUUAUGUUUUGUGAUUUGUGUGGUUCAUAUGAACAUUAUGCUAAUCAAUGCUAUUUGAUUGAGACCUCAUCUCCUACUUCCCCUCAAAUGGAACAAAUGAAUGCCUUUCAAAACUAUUCCAAUCCUAGAAGGGACCCAUACUCUAAUACUUUUAACCCGGGUUGGAAAGAUAAUCCUAACUUUAGUUAUCGGGGAAACCAAGGGCAAGGACCUAGCAACCACUACUACCAAAAUCAAGGCCAAUCCCCUUCCCACAUGCAUAACCAAAGACCCCCGGGUAACUACCAAAGUAAUAGACCUCCCUUCAAUCCACCUCCCGGUUUCCAACCUAA